CUGGCGGCCCCCCUCCCCCUCCCCGCCCGCGUCAUGUUUUCUCUUUGACAAGCCGCCGCCGCUGCCGCAGGGAGGACGCGGCUCCGGGCGGGGACUCGCCCCCGGCCCGUGUCCCGGCCCCGCGGAAAGCCCCGGCCGAGGUGUGCCGCCCCCCGCGCUGCCUGGCCUAAUGGCAAAAGAGUAAACCAACAUGGCAGCUAUGGUCCCACCUGUGAAGCUGAAAUGGCUUGAACAUCUAAACAGCUCUUGGAUCACAGAAGACAGUGAAUCUAUUGCAACAAGGGAGGGAGUUUCUAUCUUGUACGCUAAGUUAGUUAGCAAUAAAGAAGUAGUGCCAUUGCCCCAGCAGGUUCUGUGCCUCAAAGGACCUCAGCUUCCGGAUUUUGAGCGGGAAUCUCUAUCUAGCGAUGAACAGGACCACUAUUUGGAUGCUCUUCUUAGCAGCCAGCUGGCACUGGCUAAGAUGGUAUGCUCAGACUCUCCGUUUGCUGGAGCACUUCGAAAACGUCUCCUUGUAUUGCAGCGUGUCUUCUAUGCACUUUCUAACAAAUACCACGAUAAGGGUAAGGUGAAACAACAGCAGCAUUCACCAGAAAGCAGUUCUGGAUCAACAGAUGUGCAUUCUGUCAGUGAACGUCCUCGGUCAAGUACAGAUGCACUUAUAGAAAUGGGGGUACGGACUGGAUUAAGCUUGUUGUUUGCACUGCUGAGACAAAGCUGGAUGAUGCCAGCAUCGGGACCUGGCCUCAGCCUCUGCAAUGAUGUUAUCCAUACUGCAAUAGAAGUUGUGAGCUCUUUACCACCUCUAUCUUUAGCAAAUGAAAGCAAAAUUCCACCGAUGGGGUUGGACUGUUUAUCACAAGUAACAACAUUUCUUAAAGGAGUAACAAUUCCAAACUCUGGGGCAGAUACUUUAGGUCGUAGGUUAGCUUCUGAAUUGCUUCUUGGCUUGGCUGCCCAGCGAGGUUCCCUGCGAUACCUUCUUGAAUGGAUAGAAAUGGCAUUAAGUGCUUCAGCUGUAGUAAACAGCAUGGAGAAGACCAAGAUGCUGCAAAGCCCAGAAGGGAUGAUCAGCUUUGAUUGCUUUAUGAGUAUAUUGAUGCAGAUGCGACGGUCUUUGGGAUCAUCUGCUGACCGGAGUCAAUGGAGAGAGCCAACUAGAACAUCUGAUGGCUUAUGUUCUCUUUACGAGGCGGCUCUGUGUUUAUUUGAAGAGGUUUGUCGAAUGGCGUCAGACUACUCAAGAACAUGUGCCAGCCCUGACAGCAUUCAAACGGGUGAUGCUCCCAUUGUUUCUGAGACCUGUGAAGUUUACGUUUGGGGUAGCAACAGCAGUCAUCAACUGGUAGAAGGAACUCAAGAGAAAAUACUUCAACCCAAGCUUGCUCCCAGUUUUUCUGAUGCACAGACUAUUGAAGCUGGACAAUAUUGUACUUUUGUAAUUUCUACAGAUGGUUCUGUUAGAGCCUGUGGUAAAGGCAGUUAUGGGAGACUAGGACUGGGUGAUUCCAAUAACCAGUCUACAUUGAAAAAAUUGACUUUUGAGCCUCAUAGAUCUAUUAAAAAAGUGUCAUCUUCAAAAGGAUCUGAUGGGCACACUCUAGCAUUUACAACAGAAGGGGAAGUCUUCAGCUGGGGUGAUGGUGACUACGGAAAACUGGGUCAUGGAAAUAGUUCAACUCAGAAAUAUCCCAAGCUUAUUCAGGGUCCUCUGCAAGGGAAGGUUGUUGUAUGUGUAUCAGCUGGAUACAGACAUAGUGCUGCUGUUACAGAAGAUGGAGAGCUAUACACGUGGGGGGAAGGAGACUUUGGAAGAUUAGGUCACGGUGACAGCAACAGUCGCAACAUUCCUACUUUAGUAAAAGAUAUUAGCAAUGUGGGAGAGGUUUCCUGUGGCAGUUCACACACAAUAGCUCUGUCCAAAGAUGGCAGAACAGUAUGGUCAUUUGGAGGAGGAGAUAAUGGCAAACUUGGUCAUGGAGAUACAAACAGAGUAUAUAAACCUAAAGUUAUAGAAGCCUUGCAAGGAAUGUUUAUUCGUAAAGUUUGUGCUGGAAGCCAGUCUUCGCUUGCCUUAACAUCAACAGGACAGGUUUAUGCAUGGGGCUGUGGUGCAUGUCUUGGCUGUGGCUCGUCCGAGGCAACUGCUCUCAGACCGAAGCUUAUCGAAGAGCUGGCUGCUACAAGAAUAGUUGAUAUUUCAAUUGGUGACAGUCACUGUUUGGCACUUUCUCAUGAUAAUGAAGUUUAUGCUUGGGGUAACAAUUCAAUGGGACAGUGUGGUCAGGGAAACUCUACUGGUCCCAUUACUAAACCAAAGAAAGUAAGUGGUUUAGAUGGAGUUGCAAUUCAACAGAUUUCAGCAGGAACCUCCCAUAGCCUCGCCUGGACAGCUCUUCCAAGAGACAGGCAAGUUGUGGCAUGGCACAGACCCUAUUGUGUAGACCUUGAAGAAAGUACCUUUUCGCAUCUUCGUUCUUUUCUUGAGCACUACUGUGACAAAAUUAACAGUGAAAUCCCCCCUCUUCCUUUUCCUUCAUCAAGGGAACAUCACAGUUUUCUUAAAUUGUGCCUGAAGCUGCUUUCUAAUCAUCUUGCACUUGCACUGGCUGGAGGUGUAGCUACUAGCAUUCUUGGUCGGCAAGCUGGUCCACUUCGAAAUUUAUUGUUUAGACUGAUGGACUCUUCUGUCCCUGAUGAAAUUCAAGAAGUCGUAAUUGAAACUCUCUCAGUAGGAGCAACUAUGCUACUUCCUCCAUUGCGAGAAAGAAUGGAAUUGCUACACUCUCUUCUACCCCAGGGUCCUGAUAGAUGGGAAAGCUUAUCAAAAGGACAGAGAAUGCAAUUGGAUAUUAUUUUGACAAGCUUGCAAGAUCACACCCAUGUAGCUUCUCUGCUUGGAUAUAGCUCACCAUCUGAUGCCACCGAAACUUCCUCAUUAUGCAUCAGCUAUGGAAAUCUCUCCGAUCAAACAUACACUGUCCAGAGCAGUCAUCCAGAUACUCAUCUAGCAGAAAUCUUAAUGAAGACUCUUCUAAGGAAUUUGGGGUUUUAUACUGAUCAAGCCUUUGGAGAACUGGAAAAAAACAGUGACAAAUUUUUACUGGGUACAUCAUCAUCAGAAAACAGCCAACCGGCUCAUCUUCAUGAGCUUUUAUGUUCACUGCAGAAACAGUUGCUGGCUUUUUGUCACAUCAACAGUGUUAGUGAGAAUUCCAGCAGUGUGGCACUGCUUCACAAACACCUUCAGCUUUUAUUGCCUCACGCUACAGAUAUCUAUUCCCGUUCUGCAACGCUGCUUAAGGAAAGCUCUUGGAAUGGUAGUGUUGGGGAAAAACUGAGAGAUGUAAUUUAUGUAUCUGCAGCUGGUAGUAUGUUGUCUCAGAUUGUCAACUCGUUAUUGUUACUGCCAGUGUCAGUAGCUCGUCCUUUGUUGAGUUACCUGCUGGAUCUGUUGCCACCUUUAGAUCGUCUUAAUAGACUCUUACCUGCUGCAGCACUUCUAGAAGAUCAAGAGUUACAGUGGCCACUUCAUGGUGGACCUGAACUAAUAGAUCCUGCUGGAGUGCCCUUACCACAGCCUGCCCAGUCUUGGGUAUGGCUUGUUGAUCUAGAGAGAACUGUAGCUCUACUUAUUGGGCGGUGUCUUGGUGGCAUGCUUCAAGGACCUCCAGUGUCCCCUGAGGAGCAAGAUACAGCCUACUGGCUGAAAACUCCCCUUCUCAGUGAUGGAGUUGAAAUGGAUAUUCCUCAUUUAGAUAAAUGCAUGAGCUCCUUAUUAGAAGUGGCCUUAUCUGGAAAUGAGGAACAGAAGCCGUUUGAUUAUAAGCUGAGACCUGAGAUUACUGUCUAUGUUGAUUUGGCUUUGGGUUGUACAAAAGAGCCAGCAAGGAGCCUGUGGAUCAGUAUGCAAGACUAUGCUGUUAGUAAAGAUUGGGAUACUGCAACUUUAAGUAAUGAAUCACUCCUGGAUACUGUGUCCAGAUUUGUUCUUGCAGCUCUUCUGAAACAUACAAGUUUGCUUAGUCAAGCCUGUGGGGAGAGCAGGUACCAGCCUGGCAAAGCCUUGGCAGAAGUGUACCGUUGUGUUUAUAAAGUUCGGAGUCGCUUGCUUGCCUGCAAGAACAUGGAACUUAUUCAGACUAGAUCAUCAUCAAGAGACAGAUGGAUGUUAGAUAACCAAGAAUCUGCUGACAUUGAUACUCAGGAGCAUUCUUUUACUCGUACAAUUGAUGAAGAAGCAGAAAUGGAGGAGCAGGCAGAACGUGACAGAGAAGAAGGACACCCAGAACAGGAAGACGAAGAAGAGGAAAGGGAACAUGAAGUUAUGACAGCUGGUAAAAUAUUUCAAUGUUUCCUAUCAGCCCGUGAAGUAGCUCGCAGUCGGGAUCGAGAUAGGAUGAACGCUGGGACAGGGACUAGACUUGAUGAUCAACCUCCUCAGUCUCAGCAGGAGCGAAGAAUCAGCACUGAUCUGACUGAAGGUCAAGAUGUGUAUACUGCUGCAUGCAACUCUGUCAUCCACAGAUGUGCCUUGUUGAUCCUAGGAGUGAGCCCUGUUAUUGAGGAACUCCAGAAACGAAGGGAGGAUGGACAGUUACAGCAGCCUCCCUCUACUGCUCCUGAGAGUAUCGGACUCAUGACAAGGAGUGAAAGUCUUACUGCAGAGAGUCGCUCAAUCCAUGCAAACUCAAACUAUAGACUGAUUAAGUCAAGAAGUGAAUCUGAUUUGUCUCAGCCAGAAUCAGAUGAAGAAGGUUAUUCACUGAGUGGAAGACGAAAUGUUGAUUUGGAUUUGGCGUCAUCACACAGAAAGAGGGGAGCGAUACACAGUCAAGUGGAACCUUUAAGUGACUCAUGGGCUCGACUAAAACACAGCAGAGAUUGGUUGUACACUUCCUCCUACUCAUUUGUUGAGUCCGAUUUUGAUCUCUCAAGAUCUCUUGGAGUUCAUACUUUGAUUGAAAAUGUUGUCAGCUUUGUAAGUGGAGAUGUGGGAAACUCUCCAGGAUUUAAGGAACCAGAGGAAAGUAUGUCCACCAGUCCACAGGCAUCAAUAAUUGCAAUGGAGCAGCAGCAGCUGAGGGCUGAGCUUCGUCUAGAAGCACUUCAUCAGAUCUUAGUGCUUCUAUCAGGGAUGGAGGAAAAAGGGAGUGUGCCAUUAAUGGGAAGUCAUCAAGGGCCAGGAUUUCAGUCGUCUUCAUUGCUAACUUCUGUUAGACUACAGUUUCUUGCUGGUUGCUUCGGUUUGGGUACUGUAGGACAUGCAGGUGCCAAAGGAGAGAGUGUAAGACUGCAUCACUACCAGGAUGGUAUCAGAGCAGCUAAGAGAAGUAUUCAGAUUGAAAUCCAGGUGGCUGUGCACAAAAUUUACCAGCAAUUAUCUGCUACAUUAGAAAGAGCACUGCAAGCUAAUAAGCAUCACAUAGAAGCACAACAGCGUCUUCUGCUGGUAACAGUCUUUGCUCUGAGUGUACACUAUCAGCCCGUUGAUGUCUCCUUGGCCAUUUCCACUGGUUUGCUAAAUGUGCUAUCACAGUUGUGUGGCACAGACACCAUGCUAGGACAACCACUCCAGUUGCUGCCCAAAACUGGUAUUUCUCAACUCAGCACAGCCUUGAAAGUAGCCAGUACAAGACUACUUCAGAUCCUUGCAAUCACCACAGGAACCUAUGCUGACAAACUGAGCCCAAAGGUGGUCCAAUCUUUGCUGGAUUUAUUAUGCAGUCAGCUGAAGAACUUGUUAUCACAAGCUGGUGUGAUGCUUAUGGCUUCCUUUGGAGAAGGGGAAGGUGAGGAAUGUGAAGUAGAAUCAAAGAAGACCGAUUCAAAUGGGGAGAAUGAAAAGAGAGACUUCAGAGCUGCCCUCCGAAAGCAACAUGCAGCUGAAUUGCACUUGGGAGACUUUCUUGUUUUCCUACGUCGAGUUGUGUCUUCAAAAGCAAUUCAGUCAAAAAUGGCGUCUCCAAAGUGGACAGAAGUACUUCUUAAUAUUGCUUCUCAGAAGUGUUGCUCAGGAGUUCCCUUGGUUGGCAAUUUGAGGACUAGACUUCUUGCACUUCAUGUACUAGAAGCUGUAUUACCUGCUUGUGAAUCUGGCGUUGAAGAUGAUCAAAUGGCUCAGGUUGUUGAACGAUUAUUCUUGCUUCUGUCUGACUGCAUGUGGGAGACACCAAUAGCUCAGGCUAAACAUGCAAUUCAAAUAAAGGAGAAAGAACAAGAAAUGAAACUACAGAAGCAAGGAGAGUCUGAAGAUGAAGAUGAGAAUCUUCCCAUACAGGAAGUGUCCUUUGACCCUGAGAAAGCUCAAUGCUGCAUAGUGGAGAAUGGGCAGAUUCUGACUCACGGAAGUGGAGGUAAAGGAUAUGGAUUAGCAUCCACUGGAGUCACUUCUGGGUGUUACCAGUGGAAGUUCUACAUUGUGAAAGAGAAUCGAGGCAAUGAAGGCACAUGUGUAGGAGUUUCUCGUUGGCCAGUACAUGAUUUUAACCAUCGCACUACCUCAGAUAUGUGGCUAUACAGAGCCUAUAGUGGUAACCUUUAUCACAAUGGAGAACAAACUUUGACUCUGUCCAGCUUUACACAAGGGGAUUUCAUCACAUGCGUAUUAGAUAUGGAAGCAAGAACUAUUUCUUUUGGUAAAAAUGGAGAGGAGCCAAAACUAGCUUUUGAAGAUGUAGAUGCAGCAGAGUUAUACCCUUGUGUUAUGUUCUAUAGCAGUAAUCCAGGAGAAAAGGUGAAAAUCUGUGAUAUGCAGAUGCGUGGUACACCGAGAGAUUUGCUACCUGGUGACCCCAUCUGCAGUCCUGUUGCUGCAGUGCUGGCAGAAGCCACUAUCCAACUCAUUCGUAUCCUUCAUCGCACAGACCGUUGGACACACUGCAUCAAUAAAAAAAUGAUGGAAAGACUGAAUAAAAUCAAAACAUGUCUUAAAGAAGCAGGUCAAAAACUGAAGAAAAGUCGCUCGAUUCAAAGUCGAGAAGAGAAUGAGGUGAGAGAGGAGAAAGAAAAUAGAGAGGAGAAAAGCAAGCAUAGUAGGCAUGGUUUAGCUGACCUUUCAGAACUUCAACUGAAGAUGCUGUGUGUGGAAGUGUGGCCUGUUCUAGCAGUAAUUGGCGGAGUUGAUGCUGGUCUUAGAGUUGGAGGUCGAUGUGUACACAAGCAAACAGGACGUCAUGCUACUUUACUUGGAGUAGUGAAGGAAGGCAGUACAUCUGCCAAGGUCCAAUGGGAUGAAGCAGAGAUUACUAUAAGCUUCCCAACUUUUUGGUCGCCUAGUGAUACUCCCCUGUAUAAUCUGGAGCCCUGUGAACCACUGCCUUUUGAUGUUGCAAGAUUUCGUGGGCUGACAGCUGCUGUGUUGCUGGACCUUACCUAUCUGACUGGUAUUCACGAGGAUAUGGGAAAACAAAGCACUAAGAGACAUGAGAAAAAACACAGACAUGAAUCCGAAGACAAAGGGGAAGUGGACCAGAAAAUGGAGGGGGAUGGUGGAUCAGAUACGCGAUUAGCACAAAGUGCUGAUGAUAACAAAGGACAUAGUACUACAAGCUCGAAGUCAGAAAAUGAAAUUGCUUCCUUUUCUCUAGAGCCAUCGACACUAGGUAUGGAAUCCCAGCACCAACCUGCUGAAGGAAGAAAAAAGAAUCAUGAGCAUACUCCAAGAAAUCAUGAUAUAGUGCAGUCAGAAAUCAGAGCAGUACAGCUAUCUUACCUUUAUCUUGGUGCUAUGAAGUCACUUAGUGUUCUUCUUAGUUGUAGUAAAUAUGCUGAACUACUGUUAAUACCAAAAGUCCUGGCAGAAAAUGGUCACAACUCUGAUUGUGCUAGUUCUCCAGUUGUUCACGAAGAUGUUGAAAUGCGUGCUGCCUUGCAGUUCCUGAUGCGACACAUGGUGAAACGGGCAGUCAUGCGCUCACCGAUUAAAAGAGCUCUAGGACUGGCAGAUUUAGAACGAGCACAAGCCAUGAUCUACAAAUUAGUGGUUCAUGGGCUGCUGGAGGAUCAGUUUGGUGGCAGACUUAAGCAAGAAGUAGAUCAGCAAGUAGAAGAAGGUGAUCAGUCUCAGCAAGCCCAAACACCAGUUACAACCAGCCCUUCUGCUUCUAGCACAACAUCUUUCAUGAGCAGCUCUCUGGAGGAUACCACCACUGCUACUACUCCGGUAACUGAUACUGAAACUGUUCCAGCUUCAGAGUCACCUGGUGUUAUGCCUCUCAGUCUUCUUAGGCAGAUGUUCUCUAGCUAUCCUACUACAACUGUACUUCCAGCACGACGUGCUCAGACUCCUCCUAUAUCUUCUUUACCAACAUCUCCUUCAGAUGAAGUUGGAAGGAGGCAAAGUUUGACUUCUCCUGAUUCCCAGUCUGCAAGGCCUGCAAACCGUACAGCUUUGUCUGAUCCAAGCAGCCGACUUUCAACAUCCCCUCCUCCUCCUGCCAUUGCUGUUCCGUUGUUAGAGAUGGGGUUCUCCCUCAGGCAGAUUGCAAAAGCCAUGGAAGCCACAGGUGCCAGAGGAGAAGCAGAUGCACAGAAUAUCACAGUGCUGGCCAUGUGGAUGAUAGAGCAUCCUGGAAAUGAAGAUGAUGAAGAGCCCCAGUCAGAAGUGACUGUAGAUUCACGACAUGGGACAAUAGUCUCUGGAAGUGGUGGAAAAUCUGGUGAUCAUUGUUAUUUGCAGUCACCAGGUGAUAUCCCAUCUGCUGAUGCCACUGAAAUGGAGGAAGGCUUUAGUGAAAGCCCUGAUAAUAUGGAUCAUGCAGAUAAUGCAGCUUCUGCAAGUGGACCUCCUUCUAGAAGUCGGUCAGCUGUAACAAGAAGACACAAAUUAGAUUUAGCUGCCCGAACAUUGCUAGCACGUGCUGCGGGAUUAUACCGCUCUGUACAGGCCCACGGGAAUCAGAAUCGAAGAGGAGCGAUAUGUUUGCAGCCAGAUCCAGGGGCUCUUUAUGACUUCAACUUGGAUGAGGAGUUGGAAAUUGACCUUGAUGAUGAAGCAAUGGAAGCUAUGUUUGGUCAAGACCUGGCUAGCGAUAAUGAUAUUCUGGGAAUGUGGAUCCCAGAGGUAUUGGAUUGGCCUACCUGGCAUGUUUGUGAAUCUGAAGACAGAGAAGAAGUAGUAGUUUGUGAACUGUGUGAAUCGAGUGUUGUCAGCUUCAAUCAACAUAUGAAAAGAAACCAUCCAGGCUGCGGUCGCAGUGCAAAUCGUCAGGGCUACCGUAGCAAUGGUUCUUACGUAGAUGGAUGGUUUGGUGGUGAAUGUGGAAGCGGAAAUCCCUACUAUUUAUUAUGUGGCAUCUGCAGAGAGAAGUACUUAGCCCUGAAGAGUAAAUCUAAAACAUCAGCUUCAGAAAGGUACAAAGGCCAGGCUCCCGAUUUAAUAGGUAAACAAGACAGUGUCUAUGAAGAAGACUGGGAUAUGUUAGAUGUAGAUGAAGAUGAAAAGCUGACAGGAGAAGAGGAGUUUGAAUUACUGGCUGGACCUCUUGGGUUAAAUGAUCGACGUAUUGUGCCUGAACCUGUACAGUUCCCUGAUAGUGACCCUCUGGGUGCGUCAGUUGCAAUGGUGACAGCCACCAACAGUAUGGAAGAAACAUUGAUGCAAAUAGGCUGUCAUGGCUCUAUAGAAAAAAGUUCUUCUGGCAGGAUAACCUUAGGAGAACAGGCAGCUGCCCUAGUAAAUCCACAUGACCGUGUUAUGGCCCUAAGAAGAGUGACAGCUGCUGCACAAGUCCUCCUUGCAAGAACUAUGGUUAUGAGAGCGCUCUCACUUUUGUCUGUCAGUGGCUCCAGCUGUAGUCUGGCAGCUGGUCUUGAAUCCUUGGGAUUAACAGAUAUCAGAACUUUGGUUCGUUUAAUGUGCCUCGCUGCAGCAGGGAGAGCAGGACUCUCCACAAGUCCAUCCACUGUGUCAAGUUCAACAGAGCGAACUAGAGGAAUACACAGCAAAACAAGCAAGCCUAUAUCUUGUCUUGCCUACCUGAGUACAGCAGUAGGCUGUUUGGCAUCAAACACUCCUAGUGCUGCUAAACUGCUGGUUCAGUUAUGUACGCAGAAUUUGAUUUCUGCAGCAACUGGUGUAAACUUAACAACAGUUGAUGAUCCAAUUCAACGAAAAUUUUUGCCAAGCUUUUUAAGAGGAAUUGCUGAAGAAAACAAACUUGUAACAUCUCCGAAUUUUGUGGUUACUCAGGCACUUGUAGCAUUGUUGGCAGACAAAGGGGCCAAACUGAGGCCAAAUUAUGAUAAAGCAGAAAUUGAAAAGAAAGGCCCUCUGGAGCUGGCUAAUGCACUAGCAGCUUGCUGCCUUUCUUCAAGGUUAUCUUCACAACAUAGGCAGUGGGCUGCUCAGCAGCUGGUGCGAACUCUUGCAGCUCAUGAUCGAGAUAAUCAAACUAUUCCUCAGACCCUUGCUGAUAUGGGGGGAGACUUACGAAAAUGUUCCUUCAUAAAAUUAGAGGCUCAUCAGAACAGGGUCAUGACAUGUGUUUGGUGCAAUAAAAAGGGACUUCUGGCAACUAGUGGAAAUGAUGGUACCAUAAGAGUGUGGAAUGUUACCAAGAAGCAGUAUUCAUUGCAACAAACGUGUGUGCUCAACAAAUUAGAAGGCGAUUCUGAAGAAAGUCUGGGGUCACCCAGUGACCUUAGUUUGUCUCUUGUCUGUUGGAGCAUCAGUGGCAAGUAUCUGGCUGGAGCUACGGAAAAGAUGGUGAACAUAUGGCAAGUAAAUGGAGGAAAAGGAUUAUUAGAUCUUCAGCCUCACUGGGUAUCUGCAUUAGCUUGGCCGGAAGAAGGGCCAGCGGCAGCAUGGAAAGGAGAAUUGCUAUUAAUUGGCCGUAUGGAUGGAUCUCUUGGACUUAUUGAAGUUGUGGAUAUUUCAACCAUGCACCGGAUAGAAUUGGAACACUGCUACAGAAAGGAUGUUUCCGUCACAUGCCUUGCCUGGUUCAGUGAAGACAGACCAUUUGCAGUUGGCUAUUCAGAUGGAAAGUUGCUAAUAGGAACAAAGGAACCACUUGAAAAAGGAGAAAUUGUUCUAGUUGAUGCACACAAGGAUAUGAUUGUUAGUAUGAAGUGGGAUCCAACUGGUAAGAUCCUCCUGACAUGUGCCAAAGAAGAAACAGUGAAACUCUGGGGAUAUAUGGGAGAGUCUUGGAGACGUCUGCAUUCACUGCCCCAUCCAGCUCUUGUGAAUGGCAUUGCGUGGUGUGCUCUUCCAGGGAAAGGACCCAAGUUACAGCUUUUACUAGCUACAGGAUGCCACAAUGGUUUGGUGUGUGUCUGGACUGUUCCCCAGGACAUAGUAACCACAUUGCAGUCCAGCUCAACAUACUCAGAAGGAUGGUGGGACCAAGAAACAAGUGCCAAGGAUGGAUACAGAAAGCCAGUAGAAGUCAAGUGUGUAUUUCAGCUGAGAGGCCAUAUUACUCCUGUUCGGACUGUUGCAUUCAGUCCUGAUGGACUGGCAUUAGUAUCUGGUGGACUUGGAGGUCUCAUGAAUAUUUGGUCUUUACGGGAUGGUUCAGUAUUACAGAGUGUUGUAAUAGGUUCUGGAGCUAUUCAGACUGCGGUAUGGAUACCUGAAGUUGGAGUAGCUGCGUGUUCUAACAGAUCAAAGGAUGUGUUGGUAGUGAAUUGUACAUCAGAGUGGAUAUCUUCCAAUCACAUCCUUGCAACGUGUAGGACUGCACUGAAACAGCAAGGAGUUCUAGGAUUAAAUAUGGCUCCUUGCAUGCGAGCUUUCUUGGAACGUUUGCCAAUAAUGCUUCAGGAACAGUAUGCUUAUGAAAAGCCCCAUGUUGUUUGUGGAGACCAGCUUGUUCAUAGUCCUUAUAUGCAAUGCUUAGCAUCACUCGCUGUGGGCCUUCACCUAGAUCAGCUGUUGUGCAAUCCUCCAGUACCACCUCAUCACCAGAACUGCCUCCCUGAUCCUUCAGCCUGGAGUCCCACAGAAUGGGCUUGGCUAGAGUGUUUCUCAACUACCAUAAAAGCUGCUGAAGCCCUGGCCAAGGGAGCACAGUUCCCAGAAUCUUUUACUGUUCCAGACCUUGAACCUGUUCCAGAGGAUGAACUUACUCUCCUAAUGGAUAACAGUAAAUGGAUCAAUGGUAUGGAUGAACAGAUAAUGUCUUGGGCAACAUCAAGGCCAGAGGAUUGGCACUUGGGAGGCAAAUGUGAUGUGUAUCUGUGGGGAGCAGGAAGACACGGACAGUUAGCAGAAGCUGGUAGAAAUGUCAUGAUACCAGUAGCAGCACCUUCAUUCUCUCAGGCUCAGCAGGUUGUUUGUGGUCAGAAUUGUACUUUCGUCAUUCAAGCUAAUGGCACAGUUUUGGCUUGUGGAGAAGGGAGCUAUGGGCGACUGGGACAAGGAAAUUCAGAUGAUCUUCAUGUGUUAACGGUCAUUUCAGCACUGCAGGGCUUUGUUGUAACACAGCUGGUGACCUCUUGUGGAUCUGAUGGACAUUCUAUGGCUUUAACGGAAAGUGGGGAAGUCUUUAGCUGGGGUGAUGGAGAUUAUGGCAAACUGGGACAUGGGAACAGCGACAGACAGCGCAGGCCUAGACAAAUAGAGGCUCUGCAAGGAGAAGAAGUGGUGCAGAUGUCAUGUGGCUUCAAACACUCAGCUGUAGUGACAGCAGAUGGCAAACUUUUUACAUUUGGAAAUGGUGAUUAUGGUCGAUUAGGACUUGGAAAUACUUCCAAUAAGAAACUUCCAGAAAGAGUGACAGCACUGGAGGGUUACCAGAUUGGACAGGUGGCUUGUGGACUCAAUCAUACUGUAGCUGUGUCAACUGAUGGCUCAAUGGUUUGGGCUUUUGGAGAUGGAGAUUAUGGUAAACUUGGUUUGGGAAAUUCCACUGCAAAAUCCUCACCACAGAAAGUGGAUAUUCUUUGUGGAAUUGGAAUAAAAAAAGUUGCCUGUGGAACCCAGUUUUCUGUUGCAUUGACAAAAGAUGGUCAUGUAUAUACUUUUGGACAAGAUCGCCUUAUAGGUUUACCAGAGGGCCGAGCUCGAAAUCACAACAGACCCCAGCAAGUUCCAGUACUGUCAGGAGUCUUUAUUGAAGACAUAGCUGUAGGAGCAGAGCAUACGCUUGCUUUAUCAUCUACAGGGGAUGUAUAUGCAUGGGGUAGCAACUCUGAAGGACAGCUUGGACUUGGCCAUACCAACCACGUCAGAGAACCAACCCUAAUAACAGUCCUGCAAGGAAAAAAUAUUCGACAGAUUUCAGCAGGACGUUGCCACAGUGCUGCCUGGACAGCACCGCCUGUUCCACCAAGAGCUCCAGGUGUUUCAGUGCCUUUACAGCUUGGUUUACCUGAUGCCAUUCCACCGCAGUAUGGGGCACUGAAAGAAAUGAGCAUUCAUACAGUAAGAGCAAGGCUCAGACUGCUGUACCAUUUUUCUGACCUCAUGUACUCUUCAUGGAGAUUACUCAACCUCAGUCCCAAUAACCAGAACAGUACAUCUCAUUACAAUGCUGGAACGUGGGGAAUAGUUCAAGGACAGCUAAGACCCUUGCUAGCACCACGAGUGUACACACUCCCCAUGGUACGCUCUAUAGGAAAAACUAUGGUUCAGGGAAAAAACUAUGGGCCUCUGAUUACUGUAAAAAGAAUAUCAACCAGAGGUCGGAAAUGCAAGCCCAUUUUUGUACAGAUAGCAAGACAAGUGGUAAAGCUGAAUGCAUCGGACCUUCGCCUACCUUCCCGUGCCUGGAAAGUGAAACUGGUUGGAGAAGGAGCCGAUGAUGCAGGGGGAGUGUUUGAUGACACUAUUACAGAAAUGUGUCAGGAACUGGAAACUGGAGUAGUAGACCUGCUUAUUCCUUCUCCAAAUGCUACUGCUGAAGUAGGCUACAAUAGGGAUAGGUUUCUCUUUAACCCUUCAGCAUGUUUAGAUGAACAUCUGAUGCAGUUUAAAUUCUUGGGUAUUCUCAUGGGUGUAGCUAUUCGUACAAAAAAGCCAUUAGAUCUUCAUUUGGCUCCAAUGGUUUGGAAGCAACUUUGUUGUAUCCCACUCAUCUUGGAGGAUUUGGAGGAGGUAGAUCUGCUCUAUGUGCAGACCCUCAACAGCAUUCUUCACAUUGAAGACAGUGGGAUUACUGAAGAAAAUUUCCAUGAGAUGAUUCCUUUAGAUUCUUUUGUUGGUCAAAGUGCUGAUGGUAAAAUGGUUCCCAUAAUCCCUGGAGGGAACAGUAUCCCACUUACCUUUUCAAACAGGAAAGAAUAUGUGGAGAGGGCAAUUGAGUACAGACUUCAUGAAAUGGACCGUCAGGUGGCUGCUGUAAGAGAAGGAAUGUCUUGGAUUGUUCCAGUUCCCUUGUUGUCUCUUCUGACUGCUAAGCAGUUGGAACAAAUGGUCUGUGGAAUGCCGGAAAUAUCAGUUGAAGUUCUGAAGAAAGUUGUGCGUUACAGAGAAGUUGAUGAACAGCAUCAGCUAGUACAGUGGUUCUGGCAUACCCUUGAAGAAUUUUCAAAUGAGGAGAGAGUGCUUUUCAUGAGGUUUGUGUCAGGAAGAUCUCGAUUGCCAGCCAACACAGCUGAUAUCUCUCAGCGAUUCCAAAUAAUGAAGGUUGAUAGGCCUUACGACAGCUUGCCUACCUCACAGACUUGUUUCUUUCAACUGAGGCUCCCACCUUACUCCAGUCAAGUAAUCAUGGCAGAGCGUUUGCGCUAUGCAAUCAAUAAUUGCAGGUCUAUAGAUAUGGACAAUUAUAUGCUCUCACGGAAUGUGGACAAUGCAGAGGGCUCAGACACAGAUUAUUAACAUUCUGUGAACAAAAUCAUCUUCCUUUUACUACGAAUAGUGCCCUAAGUCCAAUUUGUUGUUGACAUAAUUUUAUGGUAACCAUAGAUGUUUUAGGAGCAUAAAAACAGAUGUUAAUAAACAGUGGCCACAGUUUAGUUACUCUAAAUGUAACAAAAAAUUAGAUGUUUUUAUUUUUUGUGAUUGUAAAAAAAAAAAAAAAAAAGGAAAAAGAAAACAAAAAAGUAUGAUCAGUAAUUUUUUUCUCCUUUUUUUGGUCACUUUUGAUAAGUUUGCAUGGAGACAUUUUGGUGCAUUUUUGUUGGGAAUAGUACAUUUGUAAGCCCUCCCAGUGAACAUGAAGAGUUGUACAUUGUGUAUAAUUGUUCAUUAGCAAGGACAGUUUUACAUGAAUAUUCACAUAUUUAUUUUGUUUUAAUUUGAAUUGCCUGUGCAGGGUUCCUUAUGCAGAGAAAAAUAAAGCAAAUUCAAGAAUUGUUUGCUUGUA